AUGCCCGACCUGCUUAACAUUUUGCCUCCUCUGAAAGAGGCUUCUGAGAGCGAGGAGCUUUCAUCAGCAUUCCUUGCCUUGAUCGAACUGGCGGAAAUCUGCCCGAAGAUGUUCAAGGGCUUGUUCAACAACUUGGUCAAAUUUAGUGUCAGCGUCAUCGCCGACAAAGAACUCAGCGAUCAAGUCAGGCAAAAUGCUUUGGAGUUGAUGGCAACUUUUGCGGACUAUGCCCCUGCGACGUGCAAAAAGGACCCCGAUUUCACGCAAGAGAUGGUAACUCAGUGUUUGAGCCUGAUGACCGACAUUGGUGUGGAUGAUGAUGAUGCCUCUGAGUGGAAUGCUUCUGAAGAUCUCGACCUUGAGGAAAGUGACCUUAACCAUGUUGCGGGUGAACAAUGCAUGGAUCGCCUAGCCAACAAGCUUGGAGGCCAGGUUGUCCUUCCGGCGACUUUUGCAUGGAUUCCUCAAAUGAUGUCCUCGUCUGCUUGGCGCGAUCGCCAUGCCGCACUGAUGGCUAUCUCUGCCAUCUCGGAAGGUUGCCGCGAUUUGAUGGUUGGUGAACUAGAUCAAGUCCUCCAGCUUGUUGUUCCUGCACUGCGGGACCCCCACCCACGUGUUCGAUACGCUGGUUGCAAUGCUCUUGGCCAGAUGAGUACGGAUUUUGCGGGUACGAUGCAAGAAAAGUAUCAUCAAGUUGUGCUCAGCAACAUCAUUCCAGUUCUCAACAGCGCCGAGCCUCGUGUUCAGGCCCAUGCGGCCGCUGCGCUCGUCAACUUCUGUGAGGAGGCGGAACGUAAGAUUCUUGAACCCUACCUUGCUGAUCUGCUCCAGCACUUGCUGCAGCUCCUCCGCAGCGAAAAGCGCUAUGUUCAAGAACAAGCAUUGUCCACGAUCGCCACAAUCGCCGACUCUGCCGAGACCGCUUUUGAGCAGUAUUACGCAACCCUGAUGCCGCUGCUUUUCAACGUAUUGAAGGAAGAGCAGUCCAAGGAGUACCGUCUGCUCCGUGCGAAGGCCAUGGAAUGCGCUACGCUUAUCGCACUGGCCGUCGGCAAAACCAAGAUGGGGCAGGAUGCCUUGAGUCUGGUUCAGCUCCUUGGAAACAUCCAAGAGAACAUUGUCGACGCCGACGACCCACAGUCGCAAUAUCUGCUUCACUGCUGGGGACGGAUGUGCCGAGUUCUUGGACAAGAUUUUGUUCCUUACCUUCCUGGUGUUAUGCCGCCGCUCUUGGCCGUUGCUGCUGCCAAAGCCGACAUUCAGCUGCUCGAUGACGAGGACCAAAUCGACCAGGUGGAACAGGAUGAGGGCUGGGAGCUCGUGCCACUCAAGGGCAAGAUCAUUGGAAUCAAGACCAGCGCCCUGGAAGACAAGAAUACCGCCAUUGAACUUAUCACAAUCUACGCCCAGAUCCUGGAGGCUGCCUUUGAACCCUAUGUGCUGGAGACGAUGGAGAAAAUUGCCGUCCCAGGACUGGCUUUUUUCUUCCACGAUCCGGUGCGAGUGUCAUCAGCAAAGUUAAUUCCACAGCUCCUCAACUCAUAUAAAAAGGCACAUGGCGUGCAGUCAGCCGGGUUCGCCGCCAUGUGGGUCAAAGUUGCCGAAAAGAUUAUCGAGGUCCUGAGUGCGGAGCCGACCGUAGACACACUCGCCGAGAUGUAUCAAUGCUUCUACGAAUCCGUUGAGGUUGUUGGCAGGAACUCUUUAUCUGAACAGCACCUGCAGGCCUUUAUUCAAUCCGCUAAGUCGACAUUGGAGGAUUACCAGCUGAGAGUCAAGGCGCGGGCAGAGGAGAAGGCGGAAGCCGACGAUGGCGAAGAGGAAAAUCCGGAUUACGAGUAUGCCAUAGAGGAUGACCAGAACCUUCUCAGUGAUAUGAACAAGGCGUUCCACACAAUCUUCAAAAACCAAGGCACAUCUUUUCUCUCCACUUGGGAGCAGCUGAUGCCAUUCUACGACGCAUUCAUCACAAGUCAGGAUCCUACCCAGCGACAAUGGGCGUUAUGUAUCAUGGACGACGUGCUUGAGUUCUGUGGCCCAGACUCAUGGCGCUACAAGGACCAUAUCAUGCAGCCAUUGGCUGCCGGACUUCAGGACGCCAAUGCAGCCAACCGCCAGGCUGCGGCUUAUGGUGUGGGAGUGGCUGCUUCCAAGGGUGGUGCGCCAUGGAGCGAGUUCGUUGCCGCCUGCCUUCCGAGCCUUUUCCAGGUCACACAGUUUAGCCAGUCACGGACUGAGGAACAUGUGUUUGCUACUGAGAACGCGUCCGCAAGUAUUGCCAAGAUCUUGCACUACAACGUCAGCAAGGUGCCCAAUGCGGCAGAGAUGGCCGGCAACUGGAUUUCCACAUUGCCCAUUACCUACGACGAAGAGGCUGCACCUUAUGCGUAUUCCUUCUUAGCACAGCUGAUUGACCAACAACAUCCCGCGGUCAUGUCCAACGCAGACAAGGUCUUUGGCUAUAUUGUACAGGCUUUGGAGGCCGAGACUCUUCAGGGCCAAACCGCCGGGCGUGUGGCCAAUGCCGCGAAGAAAUUGGUGCAGGCAACAGGACUGAAUGCGGACCAGAUUCUCGCAGGUGUCAACCCAGACAACCAGGCGGCGGUCCGCAGCUACUUCCAGUAA